GCAUACACACUAACACAGUUUGGUGUCUUAUGAAAAAGUUUCAAAAGAAGGCAGACCAAGUCUAACGCUGGUUUGACAAAGACCCUCUCUUUCUUUCCAUGUUUUUCGGUUCCCUUAUCCCUCAUAAAGCUUUGUUAACAUCCAUACAACAAAUUAGAAAAGAUCACAACACAACACCUCUCUUUCUCUCCACCAAAAAGAAAAGAUCAUAAAGCGAGAAUUUCACAUACACAUUAGUCUUCAAGACCAUCUCAACUGUAAUAAUGGAAACACAUCAUCAACCCCAAAAGAACAAAGAAAACGAUGUGCAAAAGAUAACUGAAGAAGGAGUAGCAAUAGCAAAGCCACCUUCACCAUCCUCUUCCCCUUCUCACGAAUUCUCCUUCACAAUCUCUCUCCAUUCUUCUAACACCACAAUCCAUGACAAAUCCAAAACUCCACCUUCUCUUGAAGUAGAUCUAUCUCCAGCAGAUGAUAUUUUCUUCCACGGUCACUUGCUUCCUCUACACCUCUUAUCUCACUUCUCUUCAUCACCUCGCUUUUCCACCAACUCCGUGGACAGCUUCACACUCCCCAUCAGAGAGUUCUUAGAAGACGAAAAACGCAACAGCUGCAAUAGCUGCAACAGCAGCAACAUCACCAUAGAUAGCAUUACCAACAGCAACAACAUAGAAGACCACAACAAUAGAGUCACAAAGGAAGGAAGUAAGUCCAAGCCUAGUUUCUCAUUGUUUGGUUUAUCAAAGGGGCGUAAAGGGUGUCAAGUUAGAGACAAAGAAGAUAAAGAGGAUAACAUCAAGCACAAGAAGAAACUCGGGUAUGAUGUGAUGCAUGCACUUAAGAAGUACUUGAGAAUGGUGCAGCCACUAGUGCUUUUCGGAGGGAGAAGAGAAAAAGGUCGGUUCCAUGGACAAGCUUAUUCUCAUUCGGGGAAUUUGAUCCGGAAAAACAAGCCUGAAUUGAGAGGAAGAAGAGGCGAGUAUUCAGCACCAGCAUCUAUGAGAACUUCUCCAACAAACAGUGGUCUUCUGCUAGCAACUGCUGCUCUUCCUCCUGCGAAUGACAGCACCAUGGAAGAGUUGCAAGCAGCUAUUCAAGCUGCAAUUGCUCACUGCAAAAAUUCUAUUGCCAAAGAAGAGAAGCUCAGUUGCUGAUACACGUGGUAGAUAAUAUUUUUUUUGUUACUAGUUGUGCUUACUAUUGUUAUAGUUUUUGUAUGUUAUAUUUUAGUAAUGUAAAAUCUAUGCCUGAAGAUUAUUACACUUGGUUGCCAAUAUGUUACUUAUUGAUUACUAA